UCAUCACACAAAUGAAUAGUCCACGUUACUAUAAAAAAAGGUAGAGACUAAAGAUUUCCGUGCAAUCAACAGAAAUGGAAUACCUUGUCUUAAUAGCAUCCUCCCUAUUUUUCUUAAUUUUAGUACAAUAUCUUUUCGGUUUAUAUGCUAGAUCAAAGCUUCCACCAGGGCCAAUAGGCCUCCCACUCUUUGGCAACCUCUUGCAGAUCGGGCCCAAACCGCAUAAAUCGCUCGCACAGCUAGCCAGAGAGUAUGGCCCUCUGAUGAGGAUCCAACUAGGCAGUGUCACAAAUGUUGUGGUAUCUUCUUCCGAAGUGGCUAGAGAGAUAUUUCAGACUCAUGAUGCUGAGUUCUCCGGGAGGUCUGUCCCUGACGCGGUCGCGGGGGGCCUGCAGAAUCAUGAUGUGGCAAUGCCAUGGAUCUCUGCUGGAGAUCAGUGGAGAACGUUACGUAAAGCCUUGAGUAUUUACCUCACGAAUCCGAAGAAAUUGGAUAAGUUGCAGGAGCUGAGGCUACGAGUUGUGAAAAAAAUGGUUGAUCAUGUCAGGGAAAUUAGUAGGAGAGGAGAAGUUGUGGAUAUUGGGAAGUUGGCGUUUACUACAGCUCUGAAUCAGAUGUCCAACACUUGCUUCUCUGUCGAUGUCGCGGAUUUUGGGUCGAAUCAGGAUGUGAAUGGGUUUCAUUAUGCUGUGAAUACUGUGAUGGAAGUUGAUGGGAAGAUGAAUUUCAGUGACUAUUUUCCUUGGCUUAAAAAAUUUGAUCCGCAGGGUAUAAGGAAAGAUGCUAAGGCUGCUUAUGGUUGGCUAGAUAAACUUUGCGAAAAGUUCAUCAUGCAAAGGAUGAGCCAUAGAGAAUCCAAUCUUCCGCCUCAUGGGGAUCUCUUGGAUUCGUUUCUUGAUUUUCGCCAGGAUAAUCCAGUUGGUUUCGAUGUUAAACAGAUCAAGGUCCUUUUAAUGGAUUUGUUUAUAGCUGGAACUGAUACAAACUCAAGCACAAUCGAAUGGGCGAUGACUGAGCUUAUGAUCCACUCGAAUAUCAUGCAGAAACUACGCGAAGAGAUCAGCGAAAGAAAAAGAGAAAAAGCACAUCUGGAAGAAGCUGAUAUUCUUGAACUGCCAUUCUUACAAUCUGUUCUGAAAGAAACUAUGAGGCUUCACCUAGUGGUGCCUCUUCUUCUGCCCCACAAAUCCGAGACGAAUGUGAAACUCAAUGGCUACACGAUCCCCAAGGAUACUCGAGUCGUGAUCAAUGCUUGGGCAAUUGCACGAGAUCCUAAUUCAUGGGAAAAUCCUAAUCAAUUUACACCAGAAAGGUUCUUGAACUCAGAAGUCGACUACAAAGGUCGAUACUUCAGCUUUGUGCCGUUUGGUUCAGGACGUAGAAUUUGUCCCGGUGUUCGCCUAGCUGAGAGGGUUAUGAGCUUGAUGUUAGUGUCUCUUGUAGGACAGUUCGACUGGGAGCUUCCCAACAACAUGUCGCCUGAGGAGCUGGACCUUGAUGAUACUUUUGGCGUUACCUCGCAAAAGGCUAUCCCACUUGUUUUAAUCCCGAAAACUUUAAAUCACUAGAUGCUUAAACAUAUAUGUUUUCCUUCCUGAUUUAUGUAAAUUAGAUUGGUUUGUUUACACACAGCAAUUUCAUUUCCA